AUGAAAGUCUCCCUCUUCACUUUAUUUCUAUUCUCUGUCCUCCUUGCCAUCUCAGAAGGGAAGAGUGAGAAGACAGUGAGGCUCUGUGGCCUAGAGUACGUGAGGACAGUCGUCUAUAUAUGUGCAAGCUCCAGGUGGAGAAGACGUCUGGAAGGAACCCCACAAGUAACACAAGCAGAGAGAAGAGAUCUCUUUCACCUCGGAACUAGACAUGAAGCCUCAGGAGAAGACAUAGCAUACAACCUUCCCAAGGAGGAUUUCUCAGGAGAGAAGUACAACCAUGACAGACAGAUAACCCCAAAAGAGCUUUGGGAGUCAAAGAAGCAUUCGGUGAAGUCAAGACAAGAUUUACAAACUCUCUGCUGCAUUGAAGGCUGUACCAUGACUAAUCUGAGCACCCUAUGUUGA